CUCCUUCUUCUGAAAUCUUCAUACAGUUCAAACUUCAAAGAUGUUUUCAGGGGUAGCCGGAAUGCUCAACCGAGGCCACAAGAUCAAAGGGACUGUGGUCUUGAUGCGCAAGAAUGUCCUGGACGUUGACACCUUUACUGAUGUUGCUGCCACCGCCAACAUCGGAGGCCUCAUUGGCACCGGCAUCAACGUCAUUGGCUCCACCGUUGACGCCCUCACCGCCUUCUUAGGCCGCAGUGUCUCCCUCCAGCUCAUCAGUUCUACUCAAUCCGACGAGAAUGGCAACGGAAAAGUUGUAAAGGAUACAUUUCUGGAAGGUAUUAUUGCGUCGUUACCAACCUUAGGAGCUGGAGAAUCUGCAUUCAGCAUUCAUUUUGAAUGGGACGAUAGCAUGGGAAUCCCUGGUGCAUUUUACAUCAAGAACUAUAUGCAAGUUGAGUUUUUCCUCAAGACCUUAACUCUUGAAGAUGUUCCAAACCAAGGAACCAUCCAUUUUGUUUGCAACUCUUGGGUUUACAACUCUAAACUCUACAAAUCCCCACGCAUUUUCUUCUCCAACAAGCCAUAUCUUCCAAGUGAAACACCAGCUCCACUUGUUAAGUACAGAGAAGAAGACCUGAAAAAUUUAAGAGGUGAUGGAAAAGGGGAGCGUCAGGAGCAUGAAAGAAUUUAUGAUUAUGAUGUCUACAAUGAUUUGGGGAAUCCGGAUCGGAACGAAAACCAUGCUCGCCCCAUCCUUGGAGGUUCUACCACUUUCCCUUACCCUCGCAGGGGAAGAACUGGUAGAUAUCCUGCAAGAAAUGAUCCUAACAGUGAGAAACCAGGGGAUGUUUAUGUUCCUAGAGAUGAAAACUUUGGACACUUGAAAUCUUCGGACUUCCUUGCAAAUUCAAUAAAAUUUUUGACUCGGUAUGUGCUGCCAGCUUUUGAAUCUGUGUUCGAUUUGAAUUUGACCCCAAAUGAGUUUGAUAGCUUCCAAGAUGUUCGUGAUCUCUAUGAAGGCGGAAUUAGGCUACCUACGGAAGUAAUUAGCACAAUUAGCCCCUUACCCGUCAUCAAAGAACUCUUCCGAACCGAUGGCGAACAAGUCCUCAAGUUUCCACCACCUCACAUCAUUCAAGUGAAUAAAUCUGCAUGGAUGACUGAUGAAGAAUUCGCAAGAGAAAUGAUUGCUGGUGUAAAUCCUUGCAUGAUUCGUAGUCUUCAAGAGUUUCCUCCAAAAAGCAAUUUGGAUCCCACAAUCUAUGGUGAUCAAAACAGUAAGAUACCUGCAGAAGUUCUUGAUCUUGAAGGGUGCUCACUAGAAGAGGCAAUUAAUGGUCGGAGACUGUUUAUAUUAGAUUACCAUGAUGUGUUCAUGCCAUAUGUGAGGCGAAUAAAUGAGACCCAUGCAAAAGCAUAUGCCACUAGGACUAUCCUUUUUCUGAAAGAGGAUGGAACAUUGAAGCCAGUGGCCAUUGAAUUAAGCUUGCCAGAUCCUGAUGGAGAUAAAUCAGGUGCUAUCAGUAAAGUUAUCUUACCUGCAAAGGAAGGUGUUGAAAGCACAAUUUGGCUACUAGCCAAAGCUUAUGUCAUAGUAAAUGACUCAUGCUACCAUCAACUCAUGAGCCAUUGGUUGAAUACUCAUGCAGUUAUUGAGCCAUUUGUGAUAGCAACAAAUAGACAGCUAAGUGUGAUUCACCCAAUUUAUAAACUUUUAUCUCCACACUACCGUGACACUAUGAACAUCAAUGCACUUGCUAGGCAGAAUCUGAUUAAUUCUGAUGGCAUAAUAGAAAGAACCUUCUUGCCCUCCAAGUUUUCUCUGGAGAUGUCUUCAGCUGUUUAUAAGAACUGGGUUUUCACUGAUCAAGCACUACCUGCUGAUCUCAUCAAGAGAGGAAUGGCAGUGGAGGAUUCAUCUUCUCCUUAUGGAAUUCGUCUUGUAAUAGAAGACUACCCUUAUGCUGUUGAUGGACUAGAGAUAUGGUUUGCCAUUAAGAAAUGGGUCCAAGAUUAUGUCUCAUUGUACUAUCCAACAGACAAUGAUCUCAAAAAAGACCCUGAACUCCACAACUGGUGGAAAGAAGCUGUUGAGGUAGGUCAUGGUGAUUUGAAAGACAAACCAUGGUGGCCAAAGAUGCAGACAGUUGAAGAGUUAGUUGAAUCAUGCACAACCAUAAUAUGGACGGCGUCAGCGCUCCAUGCAGCCGUUAAUUUUGGACAGUAUCCAUAUGGAGGGCUUAUACUGAACCGUCCAACACUUAGCAGAAGAUUGCUUCCUGAACAAGGCACUGCAGAGUAUGAAGAGAUGGUGAAGAGUCACCAAAAGGCUUAUCUGAGAACAAUUACACCGAAAUUGGAGACUCUUAUUGACCUUACAACCAUAGAAAUCUUAUCAAAGCAUGCUUCUGAUGAGGUGUAUCUUGGAGAGAGGGAUAAUCCACAUUGGACAUUUGAUUCAAGAGCAUUAGAAGCAUUUCAGAGAUUUGGGAACAAACUGAGUGAGAUUGAGGAGAAGCUAACAGAGAAGAACAAAGAUGGGAGACUGAGUAAUAGAAUUGGGCCAGUUGAAUUGCCAUACACUCUGCUUCAUCCUACUAGCAAUGAAGGGUUGACUUUUAGAGGAGUUCCAAACAGCAUCUCUAUCUAAAUGCAGGGAAUAAUAUAAUGAAUUAAUAAUGUGUGGUUUCUUAGCUUUUUCAAGUCUUAUAUAUCAUGUGUAUUAGUAAUGUGCUACAUUAUAUUUGAAUAAUGUGCUUCUGGUUUUCACUUUUCAAAUAAUAGCAAGAGAUGACAGUUGUGUGU